AGGUUCUUUCCCUUUCUUUAACCUAUUAUUUGAAUGAAUCACAGUACAUCGUAUUUGCUUUCAUAGUAUUGUCUUUCCAAUAUAGAUAACCCCUCAUCAUGAAUACCGCCGUAACUAUCCGACAUUCAUCACCAUCCCAUUCUCGCAACUCAUCUCCAAGGAGACAAGCCCCAACCGUUGUUGCUCCUAACAAAACCAUCCCCAAGAAUAAGUCGACCCGCAACAAAGGAGACAAGAAAUCAAAAUCAGUUUCCAAGGUCAACGAUGUCGCCUCAGAGGAAGUCAAACCGAAGCACUCUCGCAAGCAAGAUACCAAAUCUGCACUUCCUUAUGGUAGCGUCAAAAUCAUUCAACGGUCCACCACCAAUUUAGCUGUUUUGAAGGAGGAUGCUAAUCACCGAGAUACCUCCAAGCGUCGCAAUAAUCCUCCAUCGGCGAAAUCUCGUCGCACCCAAAGACGCAAGGAUCUUAUUGCUGAUGUCACGGAUGCCUUGGAAGUAGAGUUCACUGCUACUCCUCCUCCUCCUUCUCAAACCACGGAUUCAGACGACUCUUCUACUGGUGAUAUUCCCAAGCAGAAUAAGAAAAAUCAUAAAUCCACCGCUCAUCGACAACCCAACAACUCCCCUACCAAGAGGUAUGUAUGGUUAGGAAAUUUUUUUAUUCUAGUUUUACAUCAAUAUCUGACUUGGCAUCGCAGCAAACCCGCCUCUAGACCUUCUCGACCUCGUAGACGCUCCGGUAGCAUUCUCGAGAUUUCUGAAAGACAUUCUUCCACCACCAAGGCAACAACCGUCCCACUUUCUAGAACUCCUCCAAACGAUUUUAUGUUUGGCCAGCCUGCCAUCAAUCCGUUGUAUGCAGGUCCUACGUUCUCCAACUCACCUGCGCCAAGUGCAUUGCCCAUGCCUGGCGUUCGUCCUACGCUUGGCCGAUCUCAUGAUGAUAAUCUCUUCAUGAUGGAUGAUGAUAUUGAUACCAAUGCAAACAUUUUGCGUCAAAAAUCCUUGGACUUACUUGACAUGAUUGGUGUGGACCGUCCAAGAUCGGAACCUGUUCAUCCUCGCCAACAGCCUCCUCAACCCAUACCAGCUUUUGAGGCUCACAUGCCUGUUCCAUAUAAUGUAACAUAUCACCAACCUCAUCCCAUCUACCAUCAGCAACUUCCUUUCGUGAUGACCACCUCCCACAAGAUUCAGCCUGAUCUUUCUCCUUCUUUGUCAGAAAUUCAGCAUAACUUGAGGACCAUGCUCAAGAUUCAAGACGGCAUGUAAAGCAGCCCUCCUAUGCCGCUCAUCUUUUGCUUAUUAUUUCUCUUGCUUUUUUCCUUCCUCCGCCCCCCCCCCUUCCCCCAGGCAAUUUGCACCAGCAUCUGGAUUGUAUAUAUUUUCUGCUGC